GAAAUGGGAAUCAAAGAUAAUGUUUUCUGACGCAGUAAUUAAAGAUUACGUUUUCAAAUGAUUCCUAUUUACAUAUUCUAACCGUUGUAUUUAUUAUAAUCUUUAUGAAAAUAAGACACAUGUAUUAAAAAAAAUUUUUGUUUAAAAUAUACUCCCUCUGUUUUUUUUAAUAUAAGUCGUUUUAAAAUUGUACACAUAGAUUAAGAAAAUCAUUAAUUUUUUAUAUUUUAAAAUUAAAAACAUCAUUAAUUAUUUACUUAACCACAAAUCAACCAAUAGUAAAACAUAAAAUAUAUUAUCAUUGGUCAUAUAAUAUUAAGUGUUAAUAAAUUUUAUAUAAAAUAUCGAAAACGUCAUAUAAUUUAAAACACAAAAAAUUUUCUAAAACGACUUAUAUAAAAAAACGGAGAAAGUAUUAAAUUUUGAAAAAGACGGGAUAUAAUAUGUCGAUUGGUCAGAAGAGAAUCAAGCUGUACAUAUCAGUGUUUAGGCUUUGCAAGUGGAAAUGGGGAACCAAAGAUUUUGUUUCCCGACGGCAACUUGAAACCUGCCAGCUCAGUGCAUGAAAGACGCGAUGUCGACAUGCAAAUUCUUUAGGGAUUACAAAACACAAAGACCCAAAGGUCCCAGUUGCGCCAUAAACUUUGCCCCACUUGCUAACUUCACACACGGUUCACGUUCAUAAAUAACCACGUGUUUCAUUUUUUUUUCAUGAGACAAUCAACAAUAUUCGAAAAAUAAUUGAGAAAUUUUCAUGUUUACCAUAUUGUUAGUACCAUUAUUCAUUUUUACCACUAUUAAAAUAACAUUUUCAAAAAUACAUUCUUCAUUAAGAGUUAAAAAAACUCUUAUACACUUACUCUCUAUAUAUAAUAGACAAUUAUUUGAAUAAAUAAAAAUAAAACAAUUUUUUUUAUGUUUUCGAAUUAUAUUUUUUCAAAUUCGAAUUUUUUAUAAAAAAAAAAGUUUUCAAAUUUUCUUUUUCAAAUUUUCUUUUUGAAAUUCGAAAAUUAUUUUUGAAACUAUUUUUUAAACAAAAUAAAAAAUAUGUAUUUAUAUAUUUAUUAGAAUCUUAAAUUCUACAGUACAAAAAUCUUACCCAUCCGUCAACUCUAAACAUAAGUCUUGAUUAGUUAACCUUAGAGUUAUAAAUGUAUUUUCUCUCAUCAAAAAUAAAGAUAAAAAUAGUUAAAAUAAACAUGAAAAGUGAUAUUAUGAAUGUGGUAAUUUUUGCAAUACUAAACUUAAGUCCAUACCAGAGGCAUCUGAUAAAAUGACUUACAAAAGAUAAAUUGUAAUCACCGAGAAAAAAUUAGAUCCAUAACUUAUUUUCUUUGAAUAGUGUGAAAUUAAUUCUUUUUAUCAAAAAAUUAAUUAAUUAGUUCAAAACCAAAAAAAAAAAAAUCGCUUUCUGUAGAACUAGUAGAUUUGAAAAAAAAAUUCGAACCAUAAUUUCUCAAGACACUGACAAAAAAAUAUUUCUCAAGACACUUUACUUAUUAGUUGAAUGUUUUCUUCGUUAUGGUUGGUCUAUAUAAAAGUAAACAAUAUAUUACGUUCGGUAUGUUUACGUUUGGUCUUAACAUAUCUGAUUUUUCUUGCUCCAAAUAUUAAAAACAUAUCUGAAAUAUAAAGCAAACACACAACUAUAUGACCAAAUUUAUUUUAAUUACUGUAAUCUUUUCUUCGCGAUAAGUUACGCAUCUUUCUAUACUUUCACUAUUCCAGUUCAAUCAUGGUUAACUUUGGAAUUCUUUAUGGAUAUUUGACCAAAGUGAUAAAUACUCUUAGGUGACGCAAGUAACUAAAUCAAUUCUAUUAAGCAUAUCCAUAUACCACCAAUAUAUAUCAUAAAUUAGAAUACUACAAUCACCCUCACUCACAUAAUGCAACAUCCUCGUUGUAUUCCAUGAAUAUUACAUAUGUUAAUGUGAGCGUACGCAAGACUUCAUAUUCUUAUAGGUUCGGUUCUGAUACCACUUAUGACGCCAUGAUCGCUUAGUCAGUGAGCCUCUUCGCCCGCGCAUUCGGCUUGUGAGGCCUACUAUCCGGUUGACUGUCGAGGCAUUAAAUUUUAGAAUGUUUGAAAUAUUUGCUUACUAACCCUAUAAUCACAAUAUGAUCUUUUCACGUGGUUUGGCAUCAUUUACACGAUAUUACGAAUCAUUUUCUAAUAUGUCACCUAUCUUUUCAAUACUCUAGAUCAAACAUGAUUAAUUUAGGAGUUUUUUUUUCUGAAUGUAUGAUCAUAUAAAUACAUAUAUUUUAGUAACAUAGGUAACCAAAUAAUUUUAUUAAAUAUAUCCACAUCAGUGGCGGAGCUACAGUUACGGUAUGGGGUCAUAUGACCCCUAUGAAUUCUAAUGAAUUUUUUUUUACUCAAACAAAUUUAGUGCAACACUACAGAGUUAGCUUAUGUGACCCUAUGAUAUAUCGAUGAAAUCAAAAUGGCUCCAGUGAAAAAUGUGGCUGGCUCCGCCACUGACCCACAUACACGACUAUAUACCAGAAAUUAGGAGUUACAUAAUAUAUGGUCCUUGAAAAUCACUUGUUUAUGAAAAAAAUAUAUUUCAAAUAUAUUCACUAUAAAAUGAAUUCUCAGUUUCAUUUUCCCCCGAGAAAUGCCAACUAUUUAUUUUGAAAAUGAGUUAGCAGAAUGCACGUUUAAGUUUGCCCACACAUUGUUAACACGCAUAUACACACACAAGGCAGGUACACUCACGGUGUUCAAAAAAGAGAGGCAGGUACACUCACAACUGUCUAUUGUAUCAGCCAACAAAUUCAUCAAAUGUUACUAUUAUAAACGUCCAAAAAUAAAAUCUUUCUCACGGUCUGAUAAUCUUUAUUCAGUUCACACUUCUAAUGUGUCCUUGCAGACUCUUCAAACGUUGUUUCUUAAUUAGCAAGUUUUGUAUCUAUACCAAAGCUAAAUCCGUGUUCGAUUGUUGUCAAAUAGAUUUUAUUUAGUUCUUCAUAUAUAACUCUAUAUCUAUUGUUCACCGAAAAAAACUCUAUAUCUAUUCUUAUAGCAAUUAAAUAUUAUGUUCUAACAAUUCACUUACAAUAACUUGUAUUGUUUUAAAAGUAUAUACAACGGUGCUUUAAGUUUUAUAUUGUUGUAUAAUUUAUUAAAUAUAUAUGAACGAAAAUGAGAUUCAAUCCCACACAUUAUAUGCAAACUCAAAAAGACACACAAGAGAAAAUGGAUAUGGUUUAUUAAAUAUUUUUUUAUAAUUUGUAUAAUUUUUGUGUGUUUUUUUCCUUCAUUUUUCGAUUGUUAAAUGAUUGUUGAUUUUAUAAGAUCUUCGAAAUCGGUCAAGGAGACGAUGCAAAAUGGUUUCGAAAUCAAUUACGUGAGAAAGCAGACAAGGCGGGUACCAUUAUAUAUAGCUGUUGCUGGCUCACAUACUUGUUCCAAUCAAAAUCAUGUUCACGCUACUUAUGGUUAGGUUCUUCAAAUUAUAAACGAUAGCAUAUGACAUGUCAUGUCUCUUUAUAUAACACAUUUAGUUCCUUUUUAAUAAGGGAACAAUACUUUUAUCUUAGAACGACCGUACGCGCCCACAUGAUUUUCUAUAUACUGAUGUAAUUAUUGAGUAAUAUUUCUUCAAUAAUUCUUUUGAGAAAGAAUAUUUCUUUAGUAAAAAUACUCAUUCUACGGAGUUGUUUAUGUAAAGUGAACCAAAUGACCAGAAAAUGUUAACCAAAUGCAUUCGAAUAAAGAGAGCAAUAAUAAUCGCAGUUUUUCUAAUGGAUCUGUGUUGUGAUUCAUUUCUCAAAGCACUUACCAUCGGAAAUUGCAAGAUUCCAAGCGGCUAUCAACAUUAUGUUAAUAGUGUUAGCAACACAACAUAUAUUAAUUUAUGAACAUUGCCAUGUAAUUUAUAUAUUUUAGUAUAAUUUGCAAUAUAUUACUUUUGGUCUAUUAUAUGGUCAUGUAGUAACAUCUGUUGUGUGUAGAUAACAAUUUUUUUUUAAUUUGAUAUUUAUCUCAAAGGCAACCACAGUUCUAACAAAAUAACGGUUAAUUACUAGUGUAACACCAGAUAACCACAACAAUUGUUUAUUAUUCAAAAACGAUAACGAAUUCUAAUGUGCAAAAUGCCAAAAUCACAAUAUUACUAAACACGUUAACGGUUUCUAAUUUUUCUUAAUUUUUGAUGAGAAUUUUUGUUAGUCACCUUUUGGCCUUUUGUAUAGUGUAUUCUCCCUUUUCCUCUUUUCAUAUUAAAAUUAUAUAAAAUUAAAAUAAAUUCUCUACUGAUAUAUAGAAAAAUCCAAUUGCUUUCUAACAAGUAAAAUAUUCACCACAAACUGAAAAAAAUAAAUAAUAAAAAUUUAUUUUAUUUCAGUAGAAUUAAUAAUAAAAUAAAUCUAUACAUGUUGAGUCCAUUUUCAAGAUCAAUUAUAAGGAUACAAAUUUAAGAAAAUUAUUAGUAGUUUUAAAAAUUAACUGAAAUACGUUAAAAUUAUCAUUUUUCUUCCUUUUUUAACACCAAAAUUAUUACUUAGACAAUUUCCAGAUAUGUGCAUACCAGUGGUACGUUUGAAGAUACAGUCCAGCUGAGAAUUAAGACACUUUGGAAUAGACACAGAACUGCAGAAAGAAAAAAGUAGUUUUUUGAAUCCCGGAUUAUUCCGUAUAAAUCCUUAUGAGGAAGUCUCGCAUUGAUUGGUGCAAUGACACUUAGCAAUAGAGUUCUUUGUGUCUCAUUUUUGUUUUGUAUAAAGGGCAGUUGGUUGGACAUUCUGUUUUACCAAAUUGAGCUAUGGUUUCUGGAGGGUAUUCGUUUUUUGAAUUUUGUGAACAAAUGUUUUUUUCUGCCAACAGUGGUCAUUGCUGGGGUGUCUACUGGAUGUUAUUGGCACUAGAGGAUAUAUCGAUAUGGGGAUAAGGAUAAAUGUCACAGUAGAAGAUACAGUGAAAAUGCAAUUUAGACGUAGACAUAGACUACCGUUACUAAAUUUAGUGGAAGAGGCAAUAGUCAAAUGCAGAGAAACAGAACCUAUGGAGGAUGAUAUAGGUCUGUGGAAAGCAGGUCAGGACAAAUUCAAAAGCAAAUUCUCAUCAAAAUCAACAUGGGAUUUGUUGAGGUCUCAAGGAACUAAUUGUUAAAGGGGUUUGGUUUUUGUAUGCAACCCAAAAAUUUACUUUUGUUACAUGGAUAGCUAUGCAUAAUAGACUAUCUAUAGGAGAUAGGAUGAUCAAGUGGGGUGGGCUAGUAAACUCAGCGUGCUCUUUAUGCAAUGAACCAUUGGAAACAAAUGGCCAUAUGUUCUUUGAGUGUAGUUUCUCAGCUGAAGUUUUGAAGAAUUUUGUGAGAGGUGUUAUGGGAAAUGAUUACACAAGAGUAUGGUCGGAAGUGGUGUCUUUGAUUAGUGGAUCAGAACAAGAUACCAUGCAGAACUUUACUUUUCGGUAUGUGUUUCAGUCUACUAUUCAUGUCAUAUGGACGGAAAGAAAUGGGGGAAAGCAUGAAGAGAAACUUUUACCUCCAGCAAUGCUGAUCAGAUUCAUUGACAUGAACAUAAGGAAUAGGUUCAUUUCUGUACAAAGGGCAGGAGUUGCUCGAUUGGCGGGUGACCUUAGAUACUGGUUUUCAACAAGACCAAUUUCUGAUCGUAGAAAGUAUAGAUCAAAUAUAAUUUAUAAUUUUUAUUUUUUCAUAUGAUGCAUUUGUAAAUGUAAACAAAUGAUUUUUCUAGUUGAAUAAAAUUUAACAUUCAAUUAAAAAAAAAUUAUGUUUUCUAAUGGGAAUUGCUAUAAAAAAAUACAUAUAAAACUUAUUGUUGUAUGUUUGUAUUUUUUUUACUUUGACGUCUAUAAUUUUUUCUGUCAAAGCAUAAAUAAAGAAUUUCAUGUCAAAACUUUUUUUCAUGUUGUACUUUUGAAGUAUACUAAUUUGGCUAUUUUAAGGGAUAAUUUCAGACAUCGUUGUUCGAACUAGUACCCGAUCAUGCAUUACAUAAGGUGAGAAGUAAAAUUGAAAAUGAUUUGCUUAAAACUAAUUCGGUACUUUUCUUGUCUUUAUGUUAUUCACUUGUUGGUCCCCCCCGCCGGAAAAUAAACAAAACGUAACACAGUGAAUAUUAAAUAAAAUGUGCGAGAACACAUACUUGUCUGUCCACAACAAAUGAGAGAAAGAAUCUCUAUUUAAUUGACCCUCAAAGUUUUUAAUUUUCUCGUACCUCACUCUUUCCUCUUUCCUCUCACCUUCCCUCCUCUACUCUCUCUCUCUCUCUCUCUCUCUUCAACAAACACAAUGUUACUAAUCAUAUCCUUCAUCAUCCCCCUCUUCAUAUUCUUAUUCUUCCACACACUAUUCCAUCAAAAGCUACGCUACUGCAGCUGCGAGAUCUGCCAUGCCUAUCUCACUUCAAGCUGGCGAAACGACUUCGUCAACCUCGGCGAUUGGUACGCUCAUCUUCUCCGGCGAUCUCCGACGUCGACGAUCAAAGUCCACGUCCUCAACAGCGUCGUCACCGCGAAUCCUUCCAACGUCGAGCACAUGCUCAAGACGCGUUUCCACAACUACCCGAAGGGCAAACAGUUCUCCGUCAUCCUCGGGGAUCUCUUAGGCCGCGGGAUAUUCAACUCCGAUGGUGACACGUGGCGUUUCCAGAGAAAGCUCGCGAGUUUGGAGCUCGGGAGCGUCUCCGUUAGAGUUUUCGCUCACGAGAUCGUCAAGACGGAGAUCGAAACGCGGUUAAUCCCGGUUUUGAACUCGUUCUCGACCGAACCCGGUUCGGUUCUGGAUCUGCAGGAUGUUUUCAGGAGAUUCUCGUUCGACACGAUCAGCAAACUGAGUUUCGGGUUCGACCCGAAUUGUCUCCGGUUUCCUUUUCCGACGUCGGAGUUCGCCGUCGCGUUCGACACGGCUUCGACGCUGUCGGCGAAACGCGCGUUGGCUCCGUUUCCGCUCUUGUGGAAAGUCAAAAGAAUGUUUAAAAUUGGGUCAGAGAAAGAGCUUAAAGAAUCUAUCAAUGUUAUAAACCGGUUAGCCGGGGAUUUGAUCAAGCAACGGAGGUUAACCGGUUUAACUAAUAAAAACAACGAUUUGAUCUCGAGAUUCAUGGCGGUUGUCGCGGAGGAUGACGACAAGUAUCUCCGAGACAUCGUCGUAAGCUUUCUAUUGGCUGGUCGGGACACGGUUGCAGCCGGUUUAACCGGAUUCUUUUGGUUAUUGACACGUCACCCGAAAAUGGAGAACCGGAUACGUGAAGAAUUGGACCGGGUCAUGGGCCCCGGUUUUGACUCAUUCACUGCCUCUUGCGGUGAAAUGAGAGAGAUGCAUUAUUUGCAUGCGGCGUUGUAUGAAAGCAUGAGAUUGUAUCCGCCGGUUCAAUUUGAUUCCAAAUUCGCUCUAAACGACGACGUUCUGGCUGAUGGUACGCGUGUUACUGGAGGGACUAGAGUCACGUAUCAUCCUUACGCGAUGGGUCGGAUGAGCCGCAUCUGGGGCCCUGACUACGAAGAGUUUAAACCAGAGAGGUGGUUGGAUAAGGAAGGUAAAUUCCGGUCUGAAAAUCCGGUUAAAUAUCCAAUUUUCCAAGCCGGAGCUAGGGUUUGUGUGGGGAAAGAAAUGGCCAUUAUGGAGAUGAAAUCUAUAGCCGUGGCGAUGAUUAAGAAGUUCGAAACACGGGUCAAGGGCGGAUCGACCGAGACGCUCCGGUUUGCUCCGGGUCUCACAGCAACGGUUAACGGUGGAUUGCCGGUUUUAAUCCAAGAGAGGAAAGCUGAAGGAGUUUUUAACUGAGCUAGGUUCAUAAAUUAUAUGUAAAGUAAUAUAAUAGUACUUUAUUAAACGUUGAAACAUAGAUAGAGUCUGGUUUUAGCUGACCAAUUAUUGUUAACAUGCAAGCACACUUGUUGACAACAUCUAUGUGUACCAUAUAUCUAUUAUUUAAUUUAGCAAGGCUAGUGGGUCUUAAUUCUGAAAA